AUGCCAGCGAGGGCGCUCGACCUCCUCGACCAUCUCCUCACGCCAGGCGUCGUCAAGGCGGGAGAAGUAGUGGUGCUGAGUGUGGAACUUCUCGCAUGUCUGACCAGCGCGUGCCUCACGGGGACGCUACAGCUGCUGCUGUCUCUGACCAGCGCCAGCGCCUCCGCCCCGACCGCCACCGCCGCCGCCAACGCCGCCCCGGCCACCACCACCGCCGCCACUGCCGCCGCCACCCCCUCCGCCACCACCGCCUCCACCGCCACUCCCACCGCCGCCACCGACGCCACCACUCCCGCCAGCACUCCCGCCACCACUCCCUCCGCCACCACCUCCUCCUCCACCUCCUCCACCACCACCCCCCCCGGUGCCACCUCCGCUACCCUUGGCCCCCUUGCCCUUGCCGCUGCGGCGCCUCCCACUAGGAGUAGAAGCAGCACCAACAGACUCAGCACCAAGGUAGUCAACAGCAGCGGCAGUAGCGUAGGAGGGGGCGAGGGGAGAGGGAGAGCACCCCUCAAAGAUGGAGUGCGCCAUCCCUGUGCUGCUGGGCAGGCCUGGUGGGUACUGCUGGUGGGUACGGCUGGUGGGUACGGCUGGUGGGUACAGUGGUGGGCAGGAUGGCUGGGCAGGGGAGGAUACUGUUCGUGCGGUCUCUUGCUGCCCUGCCAAGGAAUUCUCCACUGCCUCUACCCCAUGCACUGCCUCUACCCCAUGCACUGCCUCUACCCCAUGCACUGCCUCUACCCCAUGCACUGCCUCUACCCCAUGCACUGCCUCUACCCCAUGCACUGCCUCUACCCCAUGCACUGCCUCUACCCCAUGCACUGCCUCUACCCCAUGCACUGCCUCUACCCCAUGCACUGCCUCUUCCCCAUGCACUGCCUCUACCCCAUGCACUGCCUCUUCCCCAUGCACUGCCUCUGCCCCAUGCGCUGCCUCUACCCCAUGCGCUGCCUCUCCCGCAUGUGUCCUCCUGCCGUAUCCCAUGUGCGGCAGAUCUGGGCGUGCUGGUGGGCAAGGGAGGGCACUACGGGAAUGUCUUCCGCAUCAAGCCACCCAUGUGCUUCACCACGGCCGAUGCUGGUACGCACCUCAUGA